GACACUUCAAAGUACAGUGAUAGUAAUGGAUCUAUCCGCGAUAAAAAAACGCCAUAAAGCGCUGCUGGAGGUGGAGGAUAGCAAGGAUGUGAUUAUUGAGGAACUGUGUUCUCGUAUCGAGUCUCUUGAGAAGGAUAUCAGUGAGAAAGAGAGUGAGUUGGAGGAUAAAAAGGUUAUCGUGGAUGAUGCCAAGGGCAAGUCGAAGAAAUGGAAGGGCGAAGUUGAUGAGUUGAAGCGUGAGAGGGCAAAACUGAGUUAUGUCUCUGUCCUCAUCGACGGUGAUUGUAUGAAUUUCCACGACACCCUAAUCCAAAAAGGCCACAGCGGCGGCCACGAAACCGUGCAAACCCUCUUAACCUCUAUCAACGCUCACGUCCAAGACCUCGACAAUCCCAUCCACCCCAUCCAGUGCAGAAUCCGAGUGUACGCCAACGUGAACGGGCUGGGCAAGACGUAUCGCAAUGCGGGGAUUAUAUCCGACGAAGAGACUCUGGUGUCGUUCAUUCAGGGCUUCAAUAUGGAGAAUGGAUUGUGUGACUUUGUCGAUGCGGGGGGUGGGAAGGAGUGUUCGGAUGUUAAGUUGAGGGCCCUUUUCGAACAAGACAUCCAAGACACGCAUUGUACGAGAAUCAUCUUCUGCGGGUCGUCAGAUAACGGCUACGCACGACUACUCGGUCCUCACCGAGGAUGUAAUCGUAUAUCACUCAUCCAAGGACCGCCGUUCGCAUGGGAGAUGAAAGAGCUGUCUACUCAUUUUCCUACUGCUUCCUUUCCGGAUGUUUUUCGAUCAACCAAAUUAAGCAGACGAGUCUCGUUCAGCCAGACUACGCCACCAAGUUCACCUCCCCAGCCAGCAGCACCAGCAGCACCAGCCAACUAUGCCUCUGCAGCAAAGGCAACACCACCCCCACAACCACCCUCUCCCUCUCCCUCCCCAGAAAGAAAAGUCCCCAAAAUCCCUAUAUUGAAGAACUCCUACGGGCAGCGCAUCGACCGCCCCCUCCGCUUCUCCACCCGCGACCAGGUCGAUUCCCUAAAACAGCUCAAACUGUGCAACCAAUACCACAUUCUGGGCGUAUGCUCGUACGGGGAAUUCUGCAGCCACAGCCACGAGCCGAAAUUGAGCGCUACGCAGGUCGAGGAUUUAAAGUAUAUUGCUAGAUCGCGGGUUUGUGCGAGGGGUUUGGAGUGUGAAGAUGAGGGGUGUGUUUGUGGGCAUCGGUGUCCGAGGGAGAGUUGUGGGGGGUUUGGGUGGAAUGGGUGUCGGUUUCCGAGGUAUAUGCAUGGGGUUGAUACUUCUGUUUAGUAGCUUACUGGGUCGUUCAUUGUUGGUGUGUUUG